AUCAAAAAAGUACUCCCUUCACUUCUAAAUAAAUUUUAUAUUUUUCAAUUAUACACUUAGAGAUUUUAGUUUUAAUUUUAUUAGAUGUGUUAAAAUAGAGAAAAAAUACUAAACACAAUUUGAGAUUUCAAGAGGAAGAAGUUUCCAUAUCUCUAGAUUUGAUAGCUAAAAUUCUACGCCUGCGCACCAGAUCCGCCGCCGCAGAUCAAAGAUGAUGCACAUGACCUUCUACUGGGGCACUAGGGUAACCCUCCUUUUCGACUUCUGGAAAACCGAUUCCGCCACCAGCUACGCCCUCUCCUUGAUCGCCUGCCUCGUCGCCGCCGUCUUCUACCAGUACAUGGAGGACCGCCGCCAGCGAUUCAAGCUCGUCUCCUCCCUCGAAACCAGGAAGGCCUCCGAUCAUCCGAGUCCGAUCGACGCGCCACUCCUCCACUCCGUCUCCGCGGCGAGUCGCCGAUUGAAUCUCGCCGGCGCUGUUCUGUUCGCGAUCAACUCCGCGAUCGGGUACUUGCUGAUGCUGGCGAUCAUGUCCUUCAACGGCGGCGUAUUCAUCGCCGUCGUAUCUGGACUCGCCGUCGGGUACCUGAUCUUCCGCGGAGGCGGCGAGGAGGACGUCCUGGUGGUGGAUAAUCCCUGCGCCUGUGCUUGAUUUCCGAUUUCAGUAAUUAUUUUCCCUUUUUUUUUUACCAGAAACCUGUGUUGUUUGAAUCCAUGACGAACUAUUGAUGUGUAUCAUAUGUAUAUACAAAUUUGUAUUAACGAAAUGAAUUUCCGGAUCCAUG